AACGGGUCUGGGAUAAAGCGCAAGUGUAUUUAUUUCGUUGGAUGCGUAUUGUUUUUGGUCGACCCGAGACACACUAUUCAUUUCUUAUACGACAGAAGGGAAAAUAAUUCAACACAAAUGGCGAAUAAAUUGUCGUUAAAAUUGUAGGUUUAUUUUGAUAGAAAAACAGUGUCCAGCUCAGUAAGCGUUUGACAACAAUCGUCGUGUGAUCCUGCCCAUGGUUGAUGAUGGAGGAGACAGGUCCUCGCAUAGCAGACUACUUUGUGGUAGCAGGGCUCACUGACUCCUCCAAGCCCUUAGAGGAGGAACUGCAGCUGGACGAUGUUCCUGGUCGCUCUCCCCGCUCGGCCCCUGGUGGCCGGCCCCUGGCCCCCAUCACAGACGUAGCUGUGGUUAUAUGCUCACUGGGGGAAGCGGUUCCUCAGGGUUACACCUGCCUCGAGUCCACCCCGUCUGGUCUGUCUGCAGAGCUGAACGGAGCCAGUCUCAGAGGGCCUCAGAUCUACCUCUGCUACAAGAGAGGCCGAGAUAAGCCUCCUCUCACUGACCUGGGGGUUCUGUAUGAGUGGAAGGAGAAGCUGAAGCCUGGCUGUCACAUCGUCCAAACCACUCCCUCUGGUCGUCCUGCCAACAUCAGUAGCUCCUCCUCCCAGCGCAUCUACAUCACCUAUCGCCGCUCCCCGCAGAGCCAGCCUCACACGUCAUUGGCUGUCACAGAUGUCUGCAUCAUCAUCCCGGGCAAAGGGGAGACGCCCCCUCACACCUUCUGCAAGGUGGACAAGAACCUCAACAGUAGUAUGUGGGGAUCCUCGGUGUACCUGUGUUACAAGAAGUCACUGGCUAAAACCAACACAAUCGCAUACAACGCAGGUCUGUUGUGUAGGUACCCAGAGGAGGACGAUGAGUCUUUUCCCCUGCCGGAGUCUGUUCCUCUGUUCUGUCUGCCCAUGGGAGCUAGCAUUGAGUUCUGGCCAGCUCACACCAAACACUCCCUGCCUGUCUUCUCUACUUUUGUACUGACUGGGGCCUCUGGAGACAAGGUGUAUGGAGCUGCCAUCCAGUUCUAUGAGCCGUACCCGGAGGACCAGCUGAGUGACAGACAGCGUUCUCUGCUGGGGCUACCGAGCACAUGCAGUAGCAGCGAGGGGACAAAGAGCGUUCACGCUAACAAGAGUAUCUGUUUGCUGUCACACUGGCCGUUCUUUGACUCAUUCAGGAACUUCCUGACGUUUCUCUACAGAUACUCCAUCUCUGGACCACACGCUCUGCCCAUAGAGAAGCACAUCUCCCACUUCAUGCACAAAGUCCCGUUCCCCUCGUCACAGAGACCACGCAUCCUGCUACAGCUGUCUCCACAUGAUAGUCUGAUGCUGAGCCAGCCUGUCUCCUCCCCUCUGCCUCUCAGUGGUGGUCGUCUCUCCACUCUGCUCCUUAACCUGGGCCCUAAGAACGCGACCACUCUGCUGGUGCUGGCCGUAACAGAACACAAGAUCCUGGUCCACUCUCUCAGACCGGCCGUACUGACCAGUGUGACGGAGGCCCUGGUGUCGAUGAUCUUCCCCUUCCACUGGCCGUGCCCCUACAUCCCUCUGUGCCCUCUGGCCCUGGCAGAUGUUCUCUCUGCCCCUUGCCCCUUCAUCGUGGGCGUCGACUCACGUUACUUUGACCUCUACGUGCCUCCGCCCGACGUCUGCUGUGUCGACCUGGACACCAACAACAUAUUACAUAAGGAGGAGAAGAGGGCCCUAACAUGGAAGAUACUACCACAGAAAGCCUGCAAACAUCUCCUCAAUACCCUGGGUAGACUGUACCAACAGCUGACUGAAGGUGGCCAAGUCAGCGGCGAGGAUGGUCAGAUGGAGCCCACUGCGAUUGACCCAGACCUGGCGAGCGGAGGGAAGAGCCUCCACACGCUAGAGAUGCAGAUCCAGGAAGCCUUCCUUAGGUUCAUGGCGGCCAUAUUGAAAGGGUACCGCUCUUACCUCCUCCCCAUCACGCAGGCCCCCUCCGAAAGGACCACGGACGCAAGCUCGCUGUUCGACUUGCAAGGGUUCUUGAAGAGCCGGGAUCGUUCCCACCAGAAGUUCUACUCCCAGAUGAUCAAGACCCAGAUGUUUAUCCGGUUCAUCGAGGAAUGUUCCUUUGUCAGCGAUAAAGACGCCAGUCUGGCCUUCUUCGACGAGUGUGUUGAUAAGAUUUACAGCAAUGGAAGCAAGAUUCAGAUGGACAGUGAUGGACCAGAAGACACCAGGUUGAUAGAGCUGGACGAGUCCCAUCGCAGUGAACACACAGUCUACAUCAACCCUCCUGAACUAAGACUGUUGGCUCAGGGAGAGGAGCACCCACUCUGCUAUAGCUACUCAGGGUUUCCGGUGCUGAGUCGUGAUUUGUUGGAGCUCCAGGAUGGACCUCGCCCCUCCUCAGCCAGCCUGACACAGAGACACACCAGUCCAGCCAGCCCUGCUGCCAUCUUUAGGCGCUCCAAACAGGAGAUUCGCUCGGCCCAGCGGAUGGCUAAAACCCACGCCUCCGUACCCCAGAUGUGGUCUAAGUGUCUGCUGCGUCACUGUUACGGCCUGUGGUUCAUAUGCCUACCAGCUUACGCCAGCGCAUGCCACUCCAAAGUGCGGGCACUACGCAUGGCCUACGACAUCCUGAGGAAGAUGCAGGACAAGAAGCUACAGGCACCUGAUGAGGUGUGUUACCGGGUGUUAAUGCAACUAUGUGGACAGUACAGCCAACCAGUCCUGGCGGUCAGAGUUCUGUUUGAGAUGAAGAAGGCUGGAGUUCAUCCCAACGCCAUCACCUACGGUUACUACAACAAGGCGGUGUUGGAGAGCACGUGGCCGUCCACAGGAAGUAGAGGAGGCUACUUCCUGUGGGCCAAGCUGAGGAACGUGGUCCUGGGGGUAGGACGGUUCAAACAGACGGUCCAGAACCACAACCAGAACCAAACCCAGAGUAGAGACACACAGCUAUCAGACUACAGUGAUCUGGACACAGUCAGUCAUGGCAGUGAAGACAGUACUAACGACUCAGUUGAGCGGGUCUCAAUCGAUACAGACUUCACUAAGAUGGACUCCAGUGAUGAUGGAUCCAGCACAGGGGGCCAAUCAGACCAAGGCUAUGACUCUCUAUCUAAGGAGGAGGAGAGGAUGGUGGGAAGGGACAGCGACAGAACACCACUAGCGCAGGAGAAGUCAGAGAGGGAGUCUUGUCCUCUGACUAGACAGGACCACACCACCAGCCCUGGUGACUCCAAAACUCCCUGUGGUACCAGACCAAAGAACCGGAGGCUGAGGCCCAACUCCCUGGACCUGACCGGAGGACAGGGGACUCUCAGGACCAUCACACUCAACUUCACCUCCACCACCAUGCAGGUCCGAGGCCCUGCUCCAAAACGCCCCCCGCCUCCGAACUGCAAACCUGGGAAGGCUGAGGCCAGUCAGGCGGUGCCUACCCAGAACCAGAAGAGAUUGGAUGGGGGAGAGGGGGAGGAAGUAGAAGGCAGUAAGGACAGACAGACACCUGCCAAAGAGGUGGAAAGGAGGAGUGUGAACAUCAGUGUUGGAGACACUGAAAGGCCUGUAACCCACAGUGUUAGUGGAGAUGGGGUUGUAACCCACAGUGUUAGUGGAGAUGGGGUUGUAACCCACAGUGUUAGUGGAGAUGGGGUUGUAACCCACAGUGUUAGUGGAGAUGGAGAUGGGGUUGUAACCCACAGUGUUAGUGGAGAUGGGGUUGUAACCCACAGUGUUAGUGGAGAUGGAGAUGGGGUUGUAACCCACAGUGUUAGUGGAGAUGGGGUUGUAACCCACAGUGUUAGUGGAGAUGGGGUUGUAACCCACAGUGUUAGUGGAGAUGGGGUUGUAACCCACAGUGUUAGUGGAGAUGGGGUUGUAACCCACAGUGUUAGUGGAGAUGGGGUUGUAACCCACAGUGUUAGUGGAGAUGGGGUUGUAACCCACAGUGUUAGUGGAGAUGGAGACGGGGUUGUAACCCACAGUGUUAGUGGAGAUGGGGCAGUAACCCACAGUGUUAGUGGAGAUGGGGUUGUAACCCACAGUGUUAGUGGAGAUGGGGUUGUAACCCACAGUGUUAGUGGAGAUGGAGACGGGGUUGUAACCCACAGUGUUAGUGGAGAUGGGGCAGUAACCCACAGUGUUAGUGGAGAUGGGGUUGUAACCCACAGUGUUAGUGGAGAUGGGGUUGUAACCCACAGUGUUAGUGGAGAUGGGGUUGUAACCCACAGUGUUAGUGGAGAUGGGGACGGGGUUGUAACCCACAGUGUUAGUGGAGAUGGGGUUGUAACCCACAGUGUUAGUGGAGAUGGGGCUGUAACCCACAGUGUUAGUGGAGAUGGGGACGGGGUUGUAACCCACAGUGUUAGUGGAGAUGGGGUUGUAACCCACAGUGUUAGUGGAGAUGGGGCAGUAACCCACAGUGUUAGUGGAGAUGGGGUUGUAACCCACAGUGUUAGUGGAGAUGGGGUUGUAACCCACAGUGUUAGUGGAGAUGGGGUUGUAACCCACAGUGUUAGUGGAGAUGGGGCUGUAACCCACAGUGUUAGUGGAGAUGGGGUUGUAACCCACAGUGUUAGUGGAGAUGGAGAUGGGGCUGUAACCCACAGUGUUAGUGGAGAUGGUGUUGUAACCCACAGUGUUAGUGGAGAUGGGGUUGUAACCCACAGUGUUAGUGGAGAUGGGAUUGUAACCCACAGUGUUAGUGGAGAUGGGGUUGUAACCCACAGUGUUAGUGGAGAUGGGAUUGUAACCCACAGUGUUAGUGGAGAUGGGAUUGUAACCCACAGUGUUAGUGGAGACGGGGUUGUAACCCACAGUGUUAGUGGAGAUGGAGACGGGCCUGCAGAUUGCAGUGUCUCCAAACAGAACAGUGUAAGAAACAGCAGUGAAACCGUGGGCGGAGCCGUGAAGAGGACAAGUAUCGUUGAGACUGGCUUCGACCCUCUGUCCAUUAUAGCAGCUGAGAUGGAGACAGAGGGUGAUGGGGACAGUAGCAGUACCUCCACAGCCCGCCGGGACCUGGCAGAAGAGAUAGAGAUGUACAUGAAGGUUCUGAGCCCUCUGAGCAGCAGGACCGCCAGCGUGGACCUUCAGAACCCAUCCAGCCCGCUACUCCACGCCACCUCCACCCCAUCUGAACACUCCUCCCGCCGACCUCGGCCCCUCAGCCUGACCCACUCCCCCUGUACCUCCCCCCGACCACCUCCUCCCUUGCUUCGUGCCAACUCACACCUCCCCCUCUCCAGGCCCAAAGAACGUCUCCGUCCCUCCUCCCUGGUCUCCCCCUCCUCCCCAACUCUCAGUCUGGACAUGUUUAAGAGCAGCUUCCUGUCAGCAGGGAAGGGGGUGGCUGAGAAGGCCAGCAGGCUCUACUCCCGCCUGUCAUCACAGACAUCACUCUCACAGGAUGUGAACUGCGACCAGAUCAGCGUGUCAUCAAUGACCUCAGUGGACCCAGAAUGCACCUCUCUGUUGGAGGAGGGCUCUGUCCUGGACCCUGAAGGUUUCACCUCCUCCUACGCCUCGCCCCAGCACGACAGCAUCGCGUGCCUGAGGAGGAGCCCAGCCAGGGGACGCCUCGUCUCUCAGAGCCCCACCUCGCCCUGCAAGGUGUUCCGCCACAACUCCUUCUCUAGUGGUUUGGCUCCUCCAUCUAGAGGUCCCCAGACUCCAGACUCUUCUCCUGAUGCCUCCCGCUUCUACCUCCGUCACCACUACACUACUGAGGUGUUGAUGUCUAGCUGCUGUCGCUGUCAGACAUGUGACUGUCUGGUGUAUGAUGAAGAGAUCAUGGCAGGAUGGACGGCUGAUGACUCCAACCUCAACACCACCUGUCCCUUCUGUGGCUCUUCCUUCCUGCCCUUCCUUACUGUACACAUCAGGGACCUGAGACACAGGACCAGUGACGAGAGUCACCAACCUUUAGGAGAGGACACGGCUGCCUCAGCCAACCCUGAGACUGCAGCUGGAGCACUGACACCCCAGUCAACCACAGCUCCAGCAGCAGAGCAACAGGACACUGAGGGUGUAGCUGGGUGUCCACAGGACCCUGUCCCAGGCACAACUUCAGAUCCAAUCUCAGCCCCAUCUCCAACCUCAGCCCCACCUCCAACCUCUCCCCCACCUCCAGCCUCUCCCCCAUCCCCUGCCUCAACUACAACUCGUAGUUCCCCAGUGAGUAGUUCUCCAACCCCAACCCCAUCCCCAUCUCCCCCAGCCCCGGUGACGGUUCCCUACCUGAGUCCCUUGGUUCUGUGGAAAGAGCUAGAGUCUCUGCUGGGUAAUGAGGGGGACCAGGUGAUCAGUUCUCCCAGCAUCGUGGACCAGCACCCUAUCGUAUUCUGGAACCUGGUGUGGUGCUACCGCAGACUGGAACUCCCCUCUCAUCUGCCCGGUCUCAUACUGACCUCACAGCACUGCAGCCAGGGACACGUAUCGCAGGUCCCAGCCCAGAGCGUGUCUUCAGAGGACAGUAAACAUGUCCUGGUUCGCAUCCUGUGGGACAACCCGUCACUCCACCAGGACUCUGUCCAGGCCCUAUACAUGCUCUGGCACGCACACUUCUCUCUCCCCUCAGCCAGUGGAACGGUGUAUGAGGAGGGCCAGCCCCAGGACCAUCUCUUCUCCUCUGAGGUCCUACAGGUUGCAGUGAGGAACAUCCAGAAGGGGGAUGUCUACCAGCCCAUGAGUCAGAUCCUACAGCUGCUGGGACCAGAGCUGGGCUUCAACAGACAGAGGAGUCUGUACAGAGAUCUCCUCUUCCUGGCGUUGACCGCUCUGGGGAAGAGCAACAUCAAUAUUGAUGCGUUUGAUCGUGAGUACAAGGUUGCUUACGACCGCCUCAGCCCCAGCCAAGUGAAGCUGACACACAACUGUGACCGGCCCCCGGGAGCAGGAGUCAUGGAAUGUAGAAGGAUGUUCGGGAAACCCAUUCUGUGACCCCCCCCCCCCCCCCCAUGGCUGCUAUCCAUCCAUCCCUCCCAAAACAUGACUGCUGCUCACUUACUACCAGCCCCUCUCUCUGUGGCCCCUCUCUCUAGACCCUCUCUCUGGCCCCUCUCUCUGUGGCCCCUCUCUCUGUGGCCCCUCUCUCUGUGGCCCUUCUCUCUGGCCCCUCUCUCCCUCUCUGUGGCCCCUCUCUCUGUGGCCCCUCUCUGUUGGGGUGAACUCCUCAGGGCCAGCCCACCUGACACCCCAGGCAAGGGGAGGAAAGUCAUUGGUACCCAACGUGUACUUAGACACUGAAGCGUAGUGUGGAACAAAUACACAGAAAAGAUCCUAGAAGCUUUCAGAGACGCUCCACACUGUCACAAUAAGACAUUUACAUGUCAGUCAUUUAGCAGGCACUCUUAUCCAGAGACACUUACAGGAGCAAUUAGAGUUAAGUGCCUUGCUCAAGAGCACAUUGAAAGAUGUUUCACUUUAGUCAGCUCCGGGAUUCGAACCUGUGACUUUUUGGUUAAUGGCCCAAUGCUCUGAACCGCUAGGCUACCUGCCUCCCUCACAUGGUAUUCACAUGGUUUGACAUGGUAUUCACGGUAUGACAUGGUAUUACAAUGGGACCACAUAGCUAUUACAUGGUAUCUCAUGGCAUCCCAGUAGAACCUCAUGAUAUCAUGAUACCUCAUGAUAUCACCAUAGGACCUCAUUGUAUCACAGUAGGACCUCAUGGUAUCACAGUAGGACCUCAUGGUAAUAGGACCUCAUGGUAUCACAAUAGGACCUCAUGGUAUCACAAUAGGACCUCAUGGUAUCACAGUAGGAUCUCAUGGUAUCACAGUAGGACCUCAUGGUAUCACAGUAGGACCUCAUGGUAAUAGGACCUCAUGGUAUCACAGUAGGACCUCAUGGUAUCACAGUAGGACCUCAUGGUAUCACAGUAGGACCUCAUGGUAUCACAGUAGGACCUCAUGAUAUCACAGUAGGACCUCAUGGUAAUAGGACCUCAUGGUAUCACAGUAGGACCUCAUGAUAUCACAAUAGGACCUCAUGGUAAUAGGACCUCAUGGUAUCACAGUAGGACCUCAUGGUAUCACAGUAGGACCUCAUGGUAUCACAGUAGGACCUCAUGGUAUCACAGUAGGACCUCAUGAUAUCACAAUAGGACCUCAUGGUAAUAGGACCUCAUGGUAUCAGAAUACGACCUCAUGGUAUCACAAUAGGACCUCAUGGUAUCACAGUAGGACCUCAUGGUAAUAGGACCUCAUGGUAUCAGAAUACGACCUCAUGGUAUCACAAUAGGACCUCAUGGUAAUAGGACCUCAUGGUAUCAGAAUACGACCUCAUGGUAUCACAAUAGGACCUCAUGGUAUCACAGUAGGAUCUCAUGGUAAUAGGACCUCAUGGUAUCGCAAUAGGACCUCAUGGUAAUAGGACUUCAUGGUAAUAGGACCUCAUGGUAAUAGGACCUCAUGGUAAUAGGACCUCAUGGUAAUAGGACCUCAUGGUAAUAGGACCUCAUGGUAUCACAUGUAUUAUUCCUCUGUAUUUUCACUAUUAUUACAUUACUCAAAUGUUUGUAAUAUACCAUGUGAUAUAUUCUAUAUAUUUUAAGACAAUCUGUAUCUGAUGAACUUGUAAGCGUGUAUGUAAACGUUUUGUUUCUGUGUUGUAGUGUGAGCUUCAAGCUUUGUGUGUUUUCUCUACCACAGUCAGGGCUGUUUUCCUGUUGUGAUGAGAGGGUUGUUGGGUGUAAUGUAAACGUCUUUCACACGUGAUUUUAAGCACUUUCCAAAGAGUAACUUACAUUAUCUCUUACAUUAUCUCUUACAUUAUCUGUGACAGUAAUAAUUUGGACCUUUAUUUUUUGUUGUUCAGUUGAACUUUGAUACAUACACAGCUACUAUACUAUGAUCAGGUGUGGGGCCUGACUUCCUGCUCUAUACUAUGAUCAGGUGUGGGGCCUGAUUUCCUGCUCUAUACUAUGAUCAGGUAUGAGGCCUGACUUCCUGCUCUAUACUAUGAUCAGGUAUGGGGCCUGACUUCCUGCUCUAUACUAUGAUCAGGUAUGGGGGCCGACUUCCUGAGGAUGAUGUCAUACUUUCACUUUCAGCUGCUUGUCUCCCCUCUGGCAGGACCAGUCCAAAUAUAACAUGAAGGAUCCAUUGGCCUAGUGUGAGACCAUGAAAACCGUGAGGUAUCAUGGGUAAAUUGUGAAUGACUGAUGUACAAAUAAUAUUGAGUAGUUAUUUAUGAUGCAAGGUGGUUUGUAGAUCAGUCAAGUCUCGCCUUUAAAUUCGGCGGCCGUGUCCAACGGUCCCAUUUUGGUUUUUCUGGGUGGGAACAUACAUAGACCAUGUUAUAUACAUGAUGUAUACAUGAUAGACCAUGUAUGAUUUAGUUGUAUUACCACAGUGAUGAGACUUUUAUCCUGUAACUUUCACGGGAGUGUUUAUUUAUGAAUCCUUUUGUGUCAAAGAAAUACAUUGGAACAACCAAAACAACUGAGCCGCCCCAAAUAUAAAAGGAACAUUGUUAUAAUAUGAUUUGUUGAUAUGUUUUCAUUAAUUACUAAAGCAAUACUCUUUUAUAAGGUAGUUGUUAUUAUAUUGACAUCACAAAUGCAGAAUGUGUGGAUUAAGACGUGUUUUCUAAUUCUUUCAUCAACACACAUACGCAUUACUUUUUGUAAAUAAAUGUAUGGAGCUGUUCUGUUUCUCUGUAUAGUUGUACAGAGUAAAUGGUAUGGUCUGUUUCUCUGUAUAGUUGUAUAGAGUAAAUGGUAUGUUCUGUUUCUCUGUAUAGUUGUACAGAGUAAAUGGUAUGUUCUGUUUCUCUGUAUAGUUGUAUAGAGUAAAUGGUAUGUUCUGUUUCUCUGUAUAGUUGUAUAGAGUAAAUGGUAUGUUCUGUUUCUCUGUAUAGUUGUACAGAGUAAAUGGUAUGUUCUGUUUCUCUGUAUAGUUGUACAGAGUAAAUGGUAUGAUCUGUUUCUCUGUAUAGUUGUACAGAGUAAAUGGUAUGGUCUGUUUCUCUGUAUAGUUGUACAGAGUAAAUGGUAUGGUCUGUUUCUCUGUAUAGUUGUAUAGAGUAAAUGGUAUGUUCUGUUUCUCUGUAUAGUUGUAUAGAGUAAAUGGUAUGGUCUGUUUCUCUGUAUAGUUGUACAGAGUAAAUGGUAUGGUCUGUUUCUCUGUAUAGUUGUAUAGAGUAAAUGGUAUGUUCUGUUUCUCUGUAUAGUUGUACAGAGUAAAUGGUAUGUUCUGUUUCUCUGUAUAGUUGUAUAGAGUAAAUGGUAUGUUCUGUUUUUCUGUAUAGUUGUAUAGAGUAAAUGGUAUGUUCUGUUUCUCUGUAUAGUUGUAUAGAGUAAAUGGUAUGUUCUGUUUCUCUGUAUAGUUGUAUAGAGUAAAUGGUAUGUUCUGUUUCUCCGUAGCUUUAUAGUUGUACAGAGUGAAUGGUAUGUUCUGUUUCUCUGUAUAGUUGUACAGAGUAAAUUAUAUGUUCUGUUUCUAUGUAUAGUUGUAUGGAGUAAAUGUGAUACAGCCUGGGAUUGAACCCGGGUCUGUAGUGACGUCUCUAGCACUGAGAGGCAGUACCAUAGAAUGCUACGUCACCCAGGAGGCUAUAGUGGACUACUCCUGACUGUGAUCCAUAGUCCACUGUUAGGAUAGAAGAUAGAAGAGCUGUGUCACAUGUCAAGGUGUCUGUAUUCUUCUGACUGGGUUUUGAAACUGUCACAAUAUCACCCCCCAUCCAAAAAAAUUUAACUUUUGUAUAUUGUGAAUGAACUGGCUUUAGAGAGAAAGGUUCCGACAUCAUUCCACAACAGAAUGGUUCUAAUUUAGAAUGAUUCCUUUACAUUCCUUCCUAAAGAGCACGUAAAACCAACACAGCACUUGAUGACAGUUUACAGUUGACUAGCUUUAGGCUUUAGGUUGAAGAUUAUUCAACAAAUGUCUUGUUUUGCCAUGUCAGACUGUUAAAAGUAAGUAGAACCCCCCCCUGCCUGUUUACUGCCAAGGAAAAGUACUGUGAUAUUAUAUAUGAACGUCAUUUCACUCAUCAUUACAACCAGACGUAUAGCUCUCUAUUCAUCCUGGAUGGCUGAAACGUUACAGACUGUGCGGUACAAAAUUUAAUUAAAGGUAAUUUCAGAUGGAGACGACAUCUGCAGUGUUUACGGUAAAUGCAGUCUCCGCUAUAACGCGGGAACAUUGCCUUUAAUAAAUUUGAAAUCAAGCCGUAACGUUGCACUUCAGUGAUACGGAUUGCAUAGAGCGCUUCAAUAAUGACUUUGUCUGAUAAAUAUUUGAAUACUAAUCAUAAAAGACCCACUAGUUUAUAAAUGCUAUGAUGGUGUUUCACAGCUUUACAGUUGGAAUUAAAGUUGAGACCCAGCAGGCAUAAUUUGGCGUGAGUACGUCAGAAAAGGAGAUCAGUUUAAAAUAUUUUCUAUCAAUUUUUCUAUCUUCUAUUUACCCUUUUGGAAGAAAUCUGAAUUGAUUUUGUUUUAAAUCUCUCCUUUUUAAUGCUUGAUGUCACAGUAUGAGUGAAAGCUUUGUGUAUAAAAGGUGUACUUUGGUAUGUGGCCAUUACAUAACUCUGUACCAGGGGUCUCCAACCCUGUAGGUUUACACUCCAACCCUGUUCCUGGAGAGAGACCCCCCUGUAGGUUUUAACUACAACCCUAUUCCUGGAGAGAGACCCUCCUGGCCAUUACAUAACUCUGUACCAGGGCCCUCCAACCCUAUUCCUGGAGAUAGACCCUCCUGGCCAUUACAUAACUCUGUACCAGUGUUCUCCACCCCUGUAGGUUUGCACUCUAAUCCUGUAGGUUUACACUCCAACCCUGUUCCUGGAGAGAGACCCUCCUGUAGGUUUUAACUCCAACCCUGUUCCUGGAGAGAGACCCUCCUGUAGGUUAUAGCUCCAACCCUGUUCCUGGAGAGAUA